AUGAUUAUACAACCUUAGAGUUCUGGUUCAAUUAAUAUAUCAGGUGAUAGUCAUUAAAAUGGACUUGAUAAUUAUGUGACAGAGUUGAAUAAUUAAAAUCUGAUGUAGGUAAGACGACCUAAUGAAGAUCAAAUUCUCGCAUUCAUUGAUUAUUAAGCACUUAAAGUUGAUAGAGUUAAAUAACAUAAGACAGUUCCUGAUAAAGUGAAAGAUGAUAAAAGUAUUGGAAGCAAAUCAUCGCGUUAGGUUCGUAGAAACAGUGCUGAUUAAUCUGAAGACUCCCCUUUAAAGUAAUCACUUAGGGAUGAAUUAAUCCCAUUUGAUAGUCCUAACUUUGAGCUGAAAAAGUUGGGGGAUACUGAGGAACACAGAAAAAGUAAGACUGUAAUUAGUCCAGUUGUUUAAUCAUCCAAGUCUCCAAAAAGAAAGACUAAGCAUUUUUCAAAGAUUUUCUCAAAAAUUACAAAUAGAAUGCAUUUGGCAAGAAAAUUUAUAUAAAAAAUGAAAUAGUUAUCUCCUUUUUCAAGAAAGGUCAAUAAAUAACAAAUGCAAAUAAUUUAAGACUUAAGUUCUGAUAUUAAUAAUCCAAAUGAGAAAUGCAUAAAUUAGAGUUUUAUAAAGAUGCAUGAUCCAGUGAAAUCAAAGAAGAAGUUACAAAGAAUUAAUAGUCUUUAAGCAUUUACAGCAUUAAAAUCGUACUUUAAUGUGUGUAAAUUAUAAGUGUUUCUAAAUAAAAUUAAAAAUGAUACAAUUGAUCCCCAAGGGAAUUUUCUAUUCUUUUGGGAAUUAGUGAAAUUUUUUAUAACAUUAUCGUCUCUAUUUUAAUUGUCAAUACAAAUUUGUUUUAAUUUGAAUGUGUUAAAUUGGUACUUUGUGGCAGAAAAGGAAAAUUCAUAAAACAUAUUAAUAUUUAUGUUUAUAUAUUAUUUGAUAGAUAUAUUUUUAGGAUUUAGGACAGGAUACUACGAAAAUGGUGAAGUAGUAAUAAAAUACUAAAGAGUAGCAAGGAGAUAUUUCAAGACUUAUUUUUUUGUAGAUCUGAUAUCGAUCUUACCAAUUUUCAUCAACAUUAUAUUGAUUCAAACAUUUGAGAAUGACAAUGCUAUAAUUAAGAUAGUGAAUUGUUUAUCAUUUUUAAGAUCUAAUGCCUUAAGCAGAGUCUAUCAUUCUUUGGAAGGCAGAUUAUUGAGUAAUCCUAGAUUUGUUAUAGGAUAUAGAUUCCUAAGUGUUAUCGGAACAGUAUUUUUGUACGCUCAUGUAUUUGGAUGCCUAUGGUAUCUGGUUGCAUAAAAGAACCAUAAUAAUUGGAUUAAUAAAGCAGGAAUAGUGGAAGAUUCUUGGUUUGCUCUUUAUAGUUAUUCAAUCUAUUGGUCAGUAAUGACUAUGACUACUGUGGGAUAUGGAGAUUUAACACCAGCAAAUCAUGAAGAAGCAUUAUUUUGUGUUUGUACUAUGUUCAUAGCAAGCGUAGUGUUUGCUUAUUCAAUAAAUACUAUAGGCAUGAUUAUUGCUGAAAUGAAUAAAUUUGAUGAGAAGAUAAAUGAGAAUAUGGCCAUAAUUAACAGAUACAUGUAGCGAAAGAAUUUCGAAUAAUCUUUAUAGUUUAGAGUAAGAUAAUAUUUAUAAAAUUUAUGGACUUAAGAAGACAAAUUUAGAAUUGUUGAUGAGAAUAAGAUUAUCAAUUGUUUAAGUCCAAAUUUAAAAGAGGAAAUUUAAAUAUGUUUGUAUGGUUAAUUUAUAACGAAUAUUCACAUUUUUUAUAGAUAUUUUAGUUAGGAAUGUUUAUUGGAAUUAGCUAAGAAUGUUUAAGAAUAUAGAGUGGCACCAAACUCUUAUGUAAUUGAAAAUGGUACUCAUGAAGGGGUUGCUUUGUAUUAAUUAGUAAGUGGGGAUGCUCAGAUGUUUGUUGAUUUGUAGGACAGAAAAUAUCACAUAGGUAAAAUGAAGCAAGGAGAUAUCUUUGGCCAUGGACCAUUUUUCAUGAAUACUUUGCAUUCUUAUAGUGUGAAAACUGAUAGUGCUUGUUCUUUUGCCUAUUUAUCUAAGUAGAUGUUUUUAGAAAUCCUGCAAUCUCAUCCAGUUGAUUAUGUAAUAAUUGAAUAUAUUUAGCAAACAUAUAGGAUGAUAAUAGACUAGUGGACAUUCUAGAAUCAGAAGUUAGACUUAGGAGUCAAAUGCAUUGGCUGUGGGGAGAGUGAGCAUGAUAUUGAUCAAUGUAGCAAACUACAUCUAAUAUUAAAUAGGAAAAUGAUAUUAGCAAAGCAUUUAUUUUCUAUUCCCAAUAAACGAUCUUUAUUCUAAAGAAAUAAUAGAAGGACUACCAAUGCCAAAUUUGGUUAAAGAUUAUUUGAAGAUGCUGUCUCCUUAUUCUAAGAAAAUAACUUUUCAUUCUCAUCUGAUGAAGAAGAUCCAGAUGCUAGUCAAAUUGAGAGGACUCAUUAAACUAAGAUGACAUAAGAAAUUAGGUAUUAAGAACAUACAUCAACUCAUAAAUCUUAAUAAUAAUAAGCCUAAUAGCACUAUCAAACAGCAAAAAAUGUGAGGUUCAGAAAACGGUCUAGGUCAUUGAAUUCCUUAAGUGUUCAUUCUGAAGAGGAAUCUAAAUUCUAAAAAUCUAUAUCUGGAAUCAAAUCACAUGAUUCUCAAAUAGAUAAAAUGAGUGGAAUUCCAGUUAAGGUAUAACAAAUACCAAGCUCUUAAUUAUCUUAAAGCUCAUUUAAUGUAUUUCUGAAAGAAUAUCCUAAAAGAAAGAUUUCUAAAUAAUAAGAUUCUGAUAAAUAUUCCAAUCAUUCUAUAGGGCAACGUCAAUAAUAGCCAAAUCAUCUAAAUUAACAAUUAUUACACAAAUCCAGCAGUCAAUCCAGUAGCGGAAACUUACCAUAAAGUAGUAUGGGUAUACCUCCUGUACCUAAUGCUUCACCUCCUUUAUUCUAUUAGGAUGAAAAAUAGUUGUUUUAGAGGAAUAAUGUUGAAGAUAGUUUAUAUAUUGCCUAAGAUAGAAAAAAGAAAUCUCAAAUUGGGACAAGUUAAUCAAACACUAAAUCCAUUAAGAAUCCAUUAUAGGCAAUUCCUUCUGUAGGAGAGAUGAACGAUACAGACAAAAUUAACAAAAAUCUCUUAAAGGAAGGAUCUUAUACUUCAAAAUAAUUAUCUAUGCAAAGUAGGUCAAGAAGCUAAAGAUAUACGAUAUCAUUGAGAACUGAUAGCCAAAAAAUUAGAGAAGAUACUAAGCUGGACACACAGAAACACGAUUUUAAAUAUCGGACUGACACUUAUAGAUAAUAUAAUGAAAAUAAUAGUCCAUUAAAUGAGGAAUAGUUUCACAACAAAUUUGAAUAAGCAUGCGAUCUUAAAUCUUAUUAUCCACAAUAUAAUAAAGAUUAGAUUAUUUAGAAAUAUAAAAGACACCAACUCAAAAAAAUCACAUAUUCAUAUUAAUUAAAGUGA